UAUGCGCAUCCGACUGACCCUUCACGACAGGAUAGUGAAAGGAAUUUCCUUGAAGCGAUCGCUUAUUUUGAACGUGUUCAUACGAUGCACGAGUGUAAAGUAGGCUACGAGGGAUAAACUAUUUACUGCGAGUGAGGAAUUUUUAAUACAUUGUUCGAAGUUGAGGCACAAUCGUAAUUACAAGUGCGUGCGAAUAAAGUCCAAGAGGAAAAUAUUGUAUUGAAAGGUAUUUGCCCGAAGCAAACACAACUUAUAUCAAGGUGCAGAGAUAAUAAACCUCUCCAUUUCGAGUGUGGUCGACUUGUGUGGUUUAAAAUCAACGGUUUAAAUUUUUGACGCAAUCCGACUUUGCGCAUAUAUUGAGGGAGAAGCGAAGCAGGAACUAUUGGAUUAAAUAUUUUCAUUUGGUUAGUAUUGGAGACUGUUUAUUAUUAUUCAAAGAAUUUUGUGAAGUAGGCUGCAAGGUUAAACUGGUUAGUUCGAGUGUGUGUUGGAGUGUUUCGAUACAUGGUUUAAUAAAUUGACGCAAUCUGAAUUUGCGCAAUUUAAUAGAGUACAAGGAUAUUAGGCACUACUGCAUCGCACCAUCGCAGGAAAGAUGAACACCUAAUUCCGAGUGUGGUUCAAAUUUAAAUCAAUCUUGUAUACGCUUGCACGCCUAUAGCAAAGACAAAACACUGUCGUAUUUGGUGAGUAUACUGAGAAUCGUUCAGGAGAGCGUUUAAUACGGAGUAUCAAGUUCAAAUCUGAUUUUGCGCAAAGGGAUGCCAAGGGAAAAUAAUCACUAAAGGAAAGUCACAGUAAACGGUGGUUAGGACUGGCAGUCGCCAGUAAUCAUACCAGUAUUUGAAGAUAGAUAGUGUUGCUAGGCUGCAAACGUAGUGUCGGAUUGAUAGGGGUGCAACUACCUGAAAAACACAAGGUGAACCUCGACGUUUCGAGCGAAGGCCCUUCAUCGAGAAGUUAGCUAGUUCCCCUUGUAUUUUCCCUAUCAAUGCAAAGCUUUCUUGUUAUUGUCACUUAUAUACGCACAGACCGUGCAAUAAUAGAGUGCGUGUUUAAAUUUGGCGCAACGUGGUCUACGAAAGCGCGCAAAAGCAAAGGAAGGUCAAGGGGACACAAACACCAUUGGAUUAAAAAAAAACUCGUUUGGUCAUAAUAUUUUUAUUCUAAGUUAUAUUGCGUCUUAACAACUUAAAUUUGAGUGCGCUUAAACCUACAUGCGCGUUGCAUUUGACGCAACCUUGCGCGAUUCAGCGCGAACAGAAAGCCAAGGUAAAAGCCAUUAUUGGAUUAAAGCAUCGCAUUUGGCCAUUAAUAUUUUUAUUAUUUUUUAGCAUCUCAAAUCACAUUAUCUCUGUUCGGGUGCGCCUCCGAAACUAUUGUUAAAAGCACGGAAAUGGAAGAGAAAAAAUGCCAUCCUAUUGUAUAUUUCGGGUUUUAGUAUCUUAUUUCAUGUUACGUGAACGUCUGGUGCGAGUUUGACUCUAUGGUUACAAUUUUGACGCAAUCCGCGCGCAAAUACUGUGAAGGACGGCUUGAUAUUUAAUAUAAUAAUCUAUAUCCUUUUAUUGCAUUUUAGUAUAUUAAAGGCAAGAUGAAGGGACUGACAACAUGCCUCGUGUUACUUUAUUGCACGUUCUACAGUACCGUACGAGCACUCGAUUCGGACAAGCAUAAAUGCGGAGCUACUCAUGGACACAGAAUGAGACGGCACGCACAUGAACUAUUCCCGCGCCGACCACCAAGUGGAAACAAAUAUGGCUAUGCGCUACAGUUUGAAACCGGACAAGCUAUCCAAUACCUAAACCUAAGAAGCCCGUCUAAAAAAUUCUCAGUCGAUUUCUGGAUGAAGCCCGAAGGAGGGCAGAGUAAUCCCGCCAUAGUUCUACACGCGUAUGACAAAUGCGCGCUGGAAAACGAAGCUCGCGGUUGGCUUAUCAGUUUGCGCGAGGCCGGCGUAACGAGCGAUCUUCGUAUAAGUUUUACAGUACACGCCGCAAGCGCAGAUAGUGAUAAAUCUAUAAUGUCUCAUUCGAAAAUUGAGCCCAGACGCUGGUAUCAUGUGGCCGCAACCUACGAUGGAAUUCGCAUGAAAUUAUACGUAAAUCAAGCAAAAGUUGCCGUCGGCUAUGGGCAGAAGGGAACGAUAUUUGAUAGCACCACGCAAAACCAUGCUUGUGAUUUGCUUGAAGUGGGCGGCGAUGUAAAACGAGGACUGUACUACCGCGGCGAAAUUGAUAAGCUUCGCUUAUGGAACGAAGCAAUAUCGCAUCUGGCCAUCACCCAGAGUCUGCCGGAAAACAGUAUCGAUAGCGUUCAGGACAAAAUCGAAUUGUACGAUGAUUUUAAUGAGAACAACAUGAAAAAUCGUAAGUGGAUACCGAUAACUGACCGAUACCCUCGAUUCGUGCGCUCCACGGUACCCGAGGAUAAACAUGACUUGGCCAUUAGGAAACCACCCUGUGGAAAAACCAUUUGUGAUAACCCCGAGGUGAUCCGGAGCUACCUUAACCACCCAGGUAGCCGUGGUUCGAAGAGUCUAAGGAUCCGGUUUAUUAAUGUCAUGGACAAUGAUGGGGGCAGGGCUAUGCUUACGGAUUCCGAGAUAAAUUCCCAAUUCCAACUUAUGCAAAGUGCUUUUUCACAGUAUAACAUAUCCUGGGAAAUGACGGUGGAAUCGGUAAGGAAUUCGUGGUUGCGGAAUAAAACAGUAUUGCAUGGUGUUGGCUGCGAGGUGGCAAUGCUCGGUAACGACGUCUGUGAAGACUCGUGCAACCUUGCGAUCACGGCCUGGGAUGGUGGGGACUGCAUACGGAAGAAGUGUCCCCCCCAAAAAACCAAGAAUGGGAUAUGCGACCCGGAAUGCAAUAGUGCAAGAUUCAAGUAUGACGGUGGUGAUUGUUGCAUCGGCAAUAUGUCAAAGAUGUGUAUCGAUCCGAAGUCGAGUAAUCGAAGAUACUUGGGUAUUGACGAAUACAAGAAGGCUGUUGGCAUCACUAACAGAGAUGCACUCAAUGUGUAUGUUGUCAACUGGACUGAUGAAAACUUACAAGGGACAGCAAGCUUUCCUUGGGAGAAGACUGUGCAUACAGAGUUGGGUGGAGUUGUCCUGCCACCGAAGAAUUUUGCCACUACAAAGGUAUCAUCCGGGGGUGCACAAGAGGUGUGCCAAUCAUAGUUGCGGUUCAUACACAUAUUUUCAGGGGUGUCGUUAGCAUACAUUAACCUAUUAAGUUGCAUUGUUCCCUGAUGCACCAUACUUUAAUAUUUUACUUGUCACUCAAAUGGUAGUUAAUCAAUAUGCACCCUACUUUAUUAUUUUACUUUGUCUAAUGGCAGACAAUUUUUCUCUGUCCAAUGCCAGACAAUUUUACUUGUGAAGGGUACCAAAUAUCACAAUCAACAUAUACAUGUACAAUAAUGACCCACGUUCUUAGUUUAAAUACGUGCGAAAUAAAUGUGAUUCUGAUUCUUAAAGAUCUGCAUACCUUUGAGCCUUGUGAAAUGUCUACCAUUGUAAUGUCCCAGUGACUCCCCAAUAAUAAUAUCAUCAUCAUAAUUUUCCAAGGUACUUAUUCAUGAAAUUGGACACAUACUUGGGCUCUGGCACAUUCAUCAUGGCAGCUCAACAGAGAUGUCGUGUUCGAACGAUUGUUUCGAAUCAUUUGCAUCACUCGAACUUGGUGACCUAUGUUCGGACACCAACCCCACCGUGAAACAUAGCACAUGUGGUGACCCUGUCGUCCCGCAAGAAAACAUGUGUGGCCUGCACAUAUACACCAACACACUUUACAACAACUACAUGGGCUAUGCCAAUGACUCCUGCACAGAUCAUUUCACCCCGCAACAAGUUGCUAGAAUGCACUGCUAUAUUGACUUGGAUUAUCAAUCAUGGCAGACCAAUGCCAAGCCUUCGUUUGUGCCACUGCCGCCUCGUAUCACAGAAGCUAAUGACGAUAGGAUCAAACUGUCUUGGCUGCCACCACUGGGUCCUGGAGGUAAUUUUUCUUUACUGUUUCUUAGUUAAAGUAUUUUUUUAUCAUUUAUCAUUUUUGUCCAUUCAAAUAACAUUCACUGUAAUUUAGACUAACUUAAGGUGAUUCAUCCACAGUCGGCCCAAUCUCAGAAUGAAUGAUCAGGUGUUGCGGGUUUUUAACAGUUUUUAUAAACAAAUUUAUAGUCAACCAAAACUAUUCUAAAAACAUUCUCAAAUUAGUCAAAUAAAUACAUUUUAACAACAAAAUAUAGUUGACAUGAUAGUAUAAUACUUUUGCAUUCUUUUAAUUACUCCAUGAGCUCAUUUAGAGUGGUUGAUGUAACAUUUUCUGUGGCCUACGUUGUGUGUGCUCUUUAUAUAUAAUAAGAAAAUGUUACAUCAACCGCUCUAAACGAGCUCAUGGAGUAAUUAAAAGAAUGCAAAGGUAUUAUACUAUCAUGUCAACUAUAUUUUGUUGUUAAAAUGUAUUUAUUUGACUAAUUUGAGAAUGUUUUUAGAAUAGUUUUGGUUGACUAAAAUUUGUUUAUAAAAACUGUUAAAAACCUGCAACACCUGAUCAUUCAUUCUGAGAUUGGGCCGCCUGUGAUUCAUCAGGUUUGCAUUGUGCACUUUUACUGCGCAUACAUCUAAUAAGAAAUUCUAACUUUAGAAUACGGUACCGUAAACCUCCGACUAUAAGCCCCCCCCCGAAUAUAAGCCCCGUGUAUAAGCUCCACAUGUACUAAUGCUCACCUCAUUCCAAAUAUAACCCCCCCUGAAUAUAAGCCCCUCCCCCAAAUAUAAGUCCCCCGAAUUAAUAUAAGCCCAGUAAUCGCUGCUUAAUACAUGUUUACUUUCCUGUUUAUGACUGACUUGUUUAUGUCUGACUUGUUUAUUACUAACACAAAAGAUCGUCCAUGUACUGUAUAAGCCCCCCGUAUAUAAGCCCACCCUUGUAAGUCCAUCAAAAAUCGCUUACGAAAGUAUAUAAGCCCAGGGCUUAUAGUCGGAGGUUUACGGUAUAUGUAGUCGAACUGCAGUCAAAUGUAAUUAGUGAUAAAGAAAGAAUAAUGGCAAAGAGAAAAACAAAACACUCUGCAUUGAUUAUGGGCGUGUUUCAAUGGUUGAAAAAUUGGGAUUGUUCCAUCCUUGUUAAAAAAAAUUCAAUAACUGUUGAGCAAUUGGGAUUGUUCCUGUAACGAGUUUGGUGACCUCAACUUUCUUUUACUAUGAGCAUAUAUCAGAAUUUCCAGAACAAUUACCGAUUAAUUUAGUGCAUACACCUUAAGGCUUAACCCAUUAUGUUGCAUUGUGCCUAUUUGACUACAUAUCUAACAUUCCUAGUGGUUUAGCAAUAAUCAGCAUCGGACAUUUCUGAUGAGUCCAAAACUGCUACAGGAGGAAACCCAAACUAAACCAAACUAAAUUUAUUUCUGCUGGACUCAUCCAUAAGUCCUGGACUUUUCCAAGGUCCAGUAAGGGUAAUCACAUAUUGGUCUAAUUUUACCACAGGAGGUAACAUAAAGCCUUUACAAGUAAUGGUAGCAGGGGCAACUGUCCCAUCAUUCCGCACUUACUAAUCAUUAGUCAUUUUUGUUUUUAAACCAGGAAACAAUGCAAUCAACUUAUGUAACGAGUGUGACGAUGAGCACAUAUUAGAACAAUACGCGACAACUGCUUCCUCGUCGAUCGACAGUGCCCAGGCACCAGAUCAAGCAAUUGGGCCGCCCGAUGCAGACCACUGCCACCCAUCACCACUUUCAUGGCAACCGCAAUAUUGUCCAGAAUGCCCAUUAAUAUACUUAGAGGUCGGCUUUAAACAGGCGGUUGUGCCAACAGAAAUUACAAUAUGGAUGCCAUAUUCGGAUGUGAAAUCGCACACAUUUUCGGACAUUGUGUUGGUUUAUGUAGACGGUUCAGUAGAAUCUAUUGGCAACGGUACUGCACAGUGCGAUUCUCCGUUCACGAAACCAGUGUAUGUCAAAAAGAAAGUUGUUCGUGUCCGCAUAUUUGUGCCAAGCUUUGCAGUUUGCAUUGACGCUGUGAAAUUGACAUCUGGAAUCGGACAUCCUAACUGUUCGAAAUGCAGUCCUCUGCAUUAUGUGAUAAGAAGAGUGCCGCCAUUUGAUACUGGUCAUGAAAAAAAUGUACCAACUGCCCACUUUGAAGAUAAGUAAGUAAAAAGCCAGUAUGGAAUGAAGGCGAUGUGCACGGCACAUGUGCCGUGCACAAAGGCUUCAAUCGGUGCACAAAUUGGUGCACAACUUCCCCAAUAAUCCCUCUUUGGUGCACAUUGGUGCACACAAUUUCCUUCUGUUAUUGGUGCACAAAAAAUUUGGAUUUUCACACCGUACGUUAUCUAUAUAUAUUUUUAAAAACUACUGGAACUAUGGUGUGUAACAACUAAAUAAUUGGUGAAUUCAGAAAUUCUGACCUUCGCUGCUACACACUUGCUACCCCUCCCCCCCACAUUCUUAAUUUUGAACGUGCACAGGUCAUGAGCCCGCUGGCUAUGUGCACAACAGGUGGUGCACAACCAAAGUUGUGUUUAAAUUGUGCGGUGCACAGAAAUGUUACAUUCCAUACUGGGUAAAAAGCUUUGUUCAUGAAAUAAACUUUAUUUCACUGCGAAAAAAGUUAUAGCUUGAUAAUUUGUUUGUUUUGUUUGUUCAAACUAAACAGUUCUUGUUAUAAAAUGGCAGCAGAAUUUAAGAAUUUUUGAUCUAUAUUUUUGUACUGUACAUAUAUUAAAUUAUUCAACCGAUGCAAAUAUUUUUGAAAGCUAUUUUUAAUAUACGACCCUAAACUAGCUAUUGAUUCGUAAACUUCCUUACCGUGUAUAUUCUUUCAUUCUUUGGUUAAAGGUCGAGUUUUCUUAAUAAUUUUCAAACAAAAGCGUCCAGAAUAUAAACGAUUGGUAAAAAACAUAGAUAUAGGAGACCUAGAUUGCUGACUCGGCUCAACCGGCGUGACAUAUUUUGAAAAUCCAAGAUGGCGGCUCAACAGGGCAAAAAUCACAGAGCGAGAUAGGGAAAAACCAUGUUUUUUGCAUUUUGCGUCGUCCUACAGCUUCCGAUCGCGUUCUAUCACUUUAUUUUGGAAAGAACUAACUAGUGUGAAGGUUUUGGAUGAAAAUUUGUACAAUCAGUACAAUUUUAUACCAUGGUUAAUACAAAUUACGAUUCAACCGGGCAAGAUUGGGCAGGCCUGCAGUUUCGCGCGGUUUUCGUCUUUAGUUUCUUCCUGUGUAUUCCUUCAGUCUUUUACGAGUUUUUCUCAAGUAAUAUUAUAUAUUUCUAACUAUUCCAAAAGCUAUUACUGUUUAUUUUGUUCUUUCAUUGUUAUUUCGACCAAAAUACAGUAUUUUCAUCUGAAAAUUCUAGGGCUUCUAUUCCAUCUGGGUUUUUUUUUAUCGAAAAGAAUGCUUGAAAGUCGGCCAGAAUCGUGUUCAGUGUAUUACUACAAGACAGACGUGGGAUGUUAUUCGAUUUUCCUUCCAUAAGUAAGUCUAUGAAACACACACACAUCACAUAUUUGUACACUAUAAGUCUAUAACUUACAUCAUAUAAACAGAAUAAUAAUAGAAUAAAAAGAAUUUGUUUUGUAAAUACUGUAAUGACAACGUCACAACAAAUGUAGUUUUGAGUUUGGCAGCUACAAUAUAAAACUAUUUACAGUUUUAAUAAAAGAAUAUUAGACCAAAAAAGAACUUCUUGUUUUGAUGUCUGUGUUAGGAGAGUCUCUCUCUCUAUAUAUGCAUGUUGACAACAACUUUCCUUGUCCUGUUCAAAGUCAAAAAUGUUUUAGUUUUGUUCACAUCAGUGAACCAAAAAUACAUCUUUCCCUUUGCACUAUUGGAUUUCCUAUAACCAAUCCCAGCCUGCUAAAAAAUGAAAUGGGCAAACUCAAUGCCAAUCAAAUAUUCAUUCUUGUGUGAGAAACACUUCACACCGGAUAAUUAUACUUCACACCCGAUGAUUAUAUUAAUCCAUGGUGUUGCAAGGUGCCCUACUUUAUUAUUUUACUCUGUCUAACGCCAGACAAUUUUACUCAUCAAGAGGAGAGCAGUGGCACUUAUAGUUAACCCAUUGAGUCGUUUUGUGCCCUACUUAAUUAUUUUACUCUGGCUAUGCCAGACAAUUCUACUUGUAAGGGGAGAGUGCUGAUGCUUGGGUCAGCUGUCUCAAGGGGAGAGUGUCCGAAGGGAAGAAUGCCAACUGCAGAGAGCAAUCAAUAAAAUGCCAAUCCAAGAAAUAUCUAAACAAAGAUGCCAUCCCAUCUAUUUUUGAUUAUCAAUGAUGAAUCAAUCAGGUUUCUUGGAGAGAACUAGAUACUAACUGUGAAGGUUUUUGAUGCAUACCAGACACAUUAGGCAGUUUCUUCAAACUAGUUUCCAUUGAAAACUUUCGUUGUCACUAGUUCUCUCUACAAACCUGAUUGAUUCAUCACUUUUCACUGUCCAGGCCCUAUAGACUUGAGAUCCCUUGACAUCUGCAGCAGCAAGGAGGUUGUCAAAGUCACACUAAACAGAGCAUCAGAAUUUUCGCACCAGCAGACCAAAUAAAUCAAGUAAAAUAGGCUUUAACUUCAAAAUACUUCACAGAAUUAUUCCUUGUUAAAUAUCCCAACCGAGAUCCUCGAGAAAAAAAGCACCCAAAGAACCAAAACCUUUAUUUUCUGCAACAAAAUGUCUCGAACUGCUCAACCGACCAUUGUGACGAUUUCAGAAAACAUUUAGCGAUCGAUUAUUUCGUCUUUAUUAAACUUAAAUUGCACAAAUAUUCAUCCAAAACCUUCACACCAGUUAGUUCUUGCCAAAAUAAAGUGAUAGAACGGGAUCGGAAGCUGUAGGACGACGCAAAAUGCGAAAAACAUGUUUUUUCCCUAUCUCGCUCUAUGAUUUUUGCCCGGUUGAGCCGCCAUUUUGAAUGCUCAUGAGUGUCACGCGCGUGCAUUAUAGAAAACAUUAGAGUCAGCAAUCUAGGUCUCCUAUAUCUAUGGUAAAAAACCUGUCUUACAUGUAAUUACAAAUCGGCCAUCUUGUCGCUUUCGAUUCGAUUUUCUAAUUUUGCGCUGACAUUUCUAGGUCUGUGAUUGGCUGAGCGGUUUUAACACCUGCGCAAUACUUUGCGCAUUCUGAAAGCCAAACGCCGGUUUUUGAAAAGGUCAAAAAAGCCAAACAGUACGCAGGAAAAAUGAAAAAUAUUUCAGUGUUAAGGGUCUACCAUGGGGGGAGGGGGAGGGGGCUAUGUUCCCCUCAUAUUUGGCACGUGCAUGUGGCAUAUAAUUUAUAUAAAUUAUGCAACAUUACUUACAGUCACUACAGAGGACAGACGCUGACACUAGUAGUUGAGAUUGCCAUGUAAUAUUUUCACUGAAGAAAUAGAGAAUAAUACAUGGGUGCGCGGAAAUGCCAGAUUUAUUUCGAGUGUUGAACAUGAUUAUAUUAUUAUAUAAACAAAAUUCAGUGAAAAACAACAAAUUUUUUAGCCUAACAGGUUCUUAAAUUCUUGGUUCUUAUAUAUGGGGUUUUACUGUAUCAUACUUAUGCCUUGCCUACACUGAAUAGUGAAUACGUGCUAAAAAUUGACCAAAAAGUAAAGCGAAAAAUUAGUUCAUACUUUUUGGUUUCAUCUUUUGGAUUCAUUUAUUUAAGUUAAAGACACUGAAAUAGACUGUAAAACGUAAACUCAGGUGUUAUGUACUCAGAGUCUAAGGUGAAUAUGAUUGUUGUUUGUGAUGUUACUUUGAGUGUGUAUACACACCGGGCAGGCUGAAAAGUUUACCUGACCACGGUGGGAAUCGAAGUUUUCAGCUUGCCAAACUUUCUUUUCUAGAAAUAUAGAUGUGAAAGGCCGCUAUGAGUACAGAGUGAGAGCAGUGACACACGACGUAGCUGGUCCAUUCUCACCGCAAUUAAUUUAUGAAGCAAAGCGAGGUUUUUGUGGGGACGGAAAAAUCGACGAAGGUAAAUUAAAGUGUUAUUGUCAAUAAACGACUUAAUUAAAGAUGCGACGGGAACAUCAGAAAGUCAUUCUAAAAGCUCAUUCACACUCAAAGAGUGGAGGUUCAAUCUGAGCUUCCCUUGAGUGUCAAUGCUGUUUUUGAAUAGAUGGAGGGUGAGUAGUCACAUAGUAAGGUGCGACACUAACCCUUCAGCUAUUCAAAAGCAGCACUGACACUCAGGGGAAGCUCAGAUUGAACCUCCACUCUUUGUGUGUGAGCUUUUAGAAUACAGACGUUAAUGUUUCCUCAUUCAAAUAUUCCCAAAAAUUGUUCCUUUCUGUGAGGCGAAUAUACUUGCUUACAAAUUCAGAAACAUUUAAUUUUGUUUUGAUGGUUUCAUUGUCCUGGCUAAUUUACCAGGGUUCAUGAUUCAAGGGAACUUGUGAAGGAAAACUUGUCAGGAAAAACCCAGAGAAAAACUUUCAAAGCAAAGGAAAGAACCAAUAUUAAUUCUACUAACACAGAGUUGCACCUCUUGACCCAUAGUAACAGGCUAUCCAAUUCUAACCCAACUUUUUCCCCCAGGAGAGAAGUGCGAUGAUGGUAAUGUUCGCGAUGGUGAUGGCUGCAAUAUCCAAUGUCAGAUGGAGGAUGUGUUCCAGUGUGCUGGUCGCCCCAGUCUCUGCUACCGACACGACGGAGACGGGAUCUGUGAAGACUUCGAGAAAAAGACGAGCAUUAAGGAUUGUGGCUUCUAUACUCCAGAGGGAUCCAAAGAUCAGUGGGUAGACCGCGCUACUGCGAAUUCUCAGUAUAAGUAUCACUGCAAGAAGCUUGACGGUAUCAUUGGUCCCCCCAGACCGGACUUG